AGCACCACCAGGUCAGUUCAGGUUUUCUAUGAGCAUGAAGACUUUGCGAUUUCGUUCUUGGCUUGUUAAGAAAAAGCCCCAUUAUGUUUAUGCGACCUCGUUAAGGUUAUUACCAGUCCUGUCCAUGGAUGUGCUGUAGUUGCAAUAAAUGCGAACUCGACGAUAAAGGUACGAAUUUGCAGUGAACAUCACGCCUGAGAAUUGUACGACAGAACAUCAUUUCUAAAGCCAACACCUCCUCCUAGCCAACAUGCCGGGCAAGAACACCGUCGACCGCAAGAAGAAGCGGGAGAACGUCCGCCAUUUCCGGGUGGUGCAGAAACCCAUUCUGGAUGACAACGACGAGCAGAAGAAUUACCUCGAGCCGUACCUCCCGAUCAACGUGCGGAAAAACAAAAAACUAGACGAAGAAGAGGAGGAAAAACUUUUGUACAAGCCAAUCAAAGGAGUCGAUCUCGAUGCGAAAAAGAUUUUCGGUCUGGAGCAAGAGGACUGCUCCGAGGAGGAAAACGAGGAUGACGAACAACACCAGCCGAAAAACAAGCGGCUGAAUCAGGUUUUCAACAGCAAAACCGAAGGCUACAUCCGCGGCGCAGACUACGAUUCCGAUGAGGAAUUGCUAAAUGAGGAAGUUGCGGAGGAGGAAACCUACUUUCCCAACGAUGGGUACGACUACAACCAGCACUUGCGGGUCAUGGACGAGCGGUUCGUGCAGAAGGCGGAGCAGCCGGUGACCACCCGCGCGGAGAAAAUCGCGAGCAAGGUGAGUGCCAAUUUGCCGGUGCAGUUGGUGCAGACCAUGGAGGGCAUGAAGGCGCCCAUCGAAGAGGUGAAGCAGAAGUUGCAAAAGUCGGACAAGAUCGACAUUAUGGAAUUGCGAGACGCCGAUACCGGCGAAACCGCGGGGACUGUCCAGGAACUGACAAAGCCCGUGACGUUUCGGGACGAAUUCGAUUCGAGGGUUGCCGCGGCGGAAGAGGUAUAGAAGAUACAUGAGAUACAACAUCUGAAAUCAGUUUUGAUUUUUCGCUUUGUCCACUUUCACUUUCUCCUUUACCUUUUUGGAGCGCCAGCAUAACCAAGACAAUAUUGAAGGUCCUCGUAAUUGCCAUGAGCAGAAAUAAUUAUCGUGACGUUCUGUAUCUGUUCCCAAACGACGUAUCCUCAGCUUCCCGCCGACGUCCUAGAGGCUCUGGAGAUGGACUACGAGGAAAUUCUAUCAAAUGUAAAAAUGUCUGGGUCUGGAAGAAUGCAAGAUUUGUCAUGCAUAUUUUUCAUCACCCAUGAUGCCUGUAAUGCUUGGCCUAGCAUCGCAGACUUUUAGAGGGUUUCCUGAUGCACCUUCCGCAUGAGAAAUGCCCUGUCCGUGUAGCAAAAUCUGUGCCCCUCUUGCUGGUCAUGCUAUACAAAACUUUUUUAGAGUCCAAAAACAGCAUGACAAGUUGCAAUCUUCCAGACCCAGACAUUUUUGCAGUUCAUAAAUUCCCGAAGAAGCCGAGGGAGACGCUUUCCAGGAGUGGGACGACUUUUUCCACGUGGCCGGCGGCGUGGAGGACAAGCUGACCCAGCUGUGGGGCCAGGAGGGCGCGGAAUUCGCGAAAAUGGAGCGCGUGCGUCGGGGGGUCGGGAUUUUGAAUCUGCGUGCGGGGGAAAGUUUGUUCGGAAAUACUAACAAAACGAGUUGUGCUGACGGCGAGCAGUCCGACGAGGAGGAGUCGGAUAAUUCUGACGAAGACGACUCCGACUCCGACGGAACUUCCGAUGAAGCCGACCAGGACGAAGAUGCAGAAGAAGACCUCGACCCGGAACUUGCGAAGCUCUACGCCGACGUGGACAAGCUGGAUGACCAGCGACUCACGGCGAAGGAAACGCUGACAGAAUUCCGCUUGCGGCAGAUGCUCGAGGAGGGCUACGACGACACGAAUCUCGGCGAAUUGGACCCGGAGGAGGUGUAUGCACUGCAAAAAUGUCUGGGUCUGGAAGGUUGAUGGAACUUAUCAUGCUAAAUCUGAAGCAUACAAACAUCUGUGUUGCAUGAUUCCCAAACGCUGCCCAAUUUUGAUCAAGUUGAGAGGCAGUUUCUCAUGCAGGACAGGCAUGAUAGGGAUCUCACGGAAUCUCAUGCUAGGUCCUCCAUUACAGAUCAUAUGGGUCAUGGAAAGCCUGCAUGACAAGUCUAGCAUCUCACGGAAUCUGUCAUGCUAGGUCCUCCAUUACAGAUCAUAUGGGUCAUGGAAAACCUGCAUGACAAGUCUAGCAAAGUUCCAGACCCAGACAUACUUGCAUUUGAUAAGGUGAAUGGGGAGAAGGAGAUGGAGGAAUUCGACGACAUUUUGGAUGAGUAUUUGGAGGAAAAUAUCCUGAGUAAAAACGUACCCACACCAUAGUCAAGAUGGGGAAUCGGCUAGACAAAUCCACAAGCUUUGGCUGUUUUGCAUGACAAAUUUGGAUUCGUAGUGUGAUCCUGUUUCGCUAGCUCAGAAGCAUUACAGAUCUAGCCUACCAUACUGAUUCUAGCAUCACAAAUUCCAAAACACGAAUAGAAAAUGCUUCUCAUAGGGCUCCGCAUGAGAAACUUUUUUGGCAUGCAGAAUUGCGUGACAACUCUGGGGUGGGUACGUUUUUACAUAGGAUAGAAAAAGCGACCGUGAAGCGGUUCUGGCAGCAGGAGAUGCUGACGCUAAACCCCGGGAAGAAAAACAACUCCGCCAACAACCAAUUUAGGGCCAUGGUGGCCGGCACGAGCGACGACUGCUGUAUAAGAACUACUGGUGCUGGUGUUCACGAUGUUCUUGAUGAAAUAGACCCAGCAGGAGCCGAAGUAGACCAGAUGAACCUAGUUCCUGCUGUAUUGUGAGGAAAAAUGUCCCCACCCCAUAGUCGAGAUGGGAAGUCUGCAACACAAACCCGGAAGUUUUGGGAGUCACGCAUGACAAGUUGCCCUCUGUAUUGUAGUGCAGUUUCGCAAGGACAUCCGCAUCACAAAGCCAGCUUCUCAUCCUAUUUGCAGCAUCACAAAUUCCAAAACACGACUGGAAAUGGCUCUCAUGGGGAUGCGCAUUACAAGUCUUCCUGUCUUCGCAUAUCUGCAUUACAACUCUGGGGUGGGGACGUUUUUACUCAGGAUAUGCUGCGCCGGGCGGGAAGUUUGACAUUGACCAAAGCACCGGCCGUAUCCUCUGCAAAAGUAUCGUACUCGUACUAAUUGCGUUUAUGCAUUACAAAUUUUUUCGUGAAGGCAAAUCCGCAUUACAAAUCCAAUUUGUAAUCCUAAGUGACUUUGUAAUGCAAUUUAUACUAGUACGAUAGGAUACUUUUGCAGUUCAUAGGCCGACGGGUGAUCAUGAAGGAGCAGUUUUCGCUAGAAGACCCAUUGGAGAAAGGCUUCCGAGAUUCGAAGAAAUCCAAGCGCAUGAAAACGGUGGAGGGGAAGACCAGGCUCGGGCCAGGAUUAUUGGACUGUGUAGAGGACUAUGAGGAAGCUGGGAGGGUAAGUAAAACUGAUGUGGUCGUUGUUGAGCAGGAGGACAAAAACGCAGCAUCUGCUUCGUCUGACACCGAAGAGGCUGAUGUUCCUGCGACGGAACAUAGGCCAGACGCGUUGACAGAGAACCAAGGCCAAGAACACGAUCACCAGUGCUCCUUCUACGAGAAGCCGACAAAGGACAUUAUUCUCGCGCGGGUAGAGAAGAUGGCGAUGGAGGAAAAGGACGAGCCCGAGACGGAGGACGAAACAAACAAAAAAGUUCUCAAGCUUCUCGGGUACAAGGAAAAAACCGGUGUGGAAUUCGAUUGCGAAACGAUUUUAUCCACGCGGUCAAACCUCUCCAACCACCCGGGGAAAAUUCUGGUUCAGUCGAGUAAGGCGAAAAAGAAACAGGCGAAAAAGAACGGGUUGCUGAGUGCAAGUGGGGCGGGUGGAGGUGGUGGUUCUCUUUUGGGCGACAUUGCUGAGGAGGACGAGGAACAGACGACAGAUGAUGAGGAGGACGAGGACUCAGACGCGGAUAGCAACGCAGGAGACAACUCGUCCGAUGCAGAGGAGGACGAGGAAUUGCAGAUUGUGGAGAUUCCCGACAGAAAGAAAGGCGAGACGAAGGAGGAGAAGAAAGCGAGAAAACAAGCCGUGAAGCAAGCGCGGAAAUUGUGUCGACAAACGAAAAAGGAAAACACGGCUCUGUUUGCGCAGGAGGCGGCGAAACGGAAAAGAGAGAAAAAAACUGCGACAACCGGAGAUGUGCGCCAGGGAGCGAGGGUCUUUGCGAUUUAAGAAGGCUCUUCUUCGGAGAAGUAUGAUUCGGGCGAAUAUAGUGCCUCUGCUCUUCUCCGAGUCCAUCGUGAAUACGCGCUUUCUUGUUGCUUGUCCGACAGUUAUAAUGCGAGCGGUUCAUCUGACAUUGACGCACUGAAAAUGCAAGAGUAUCUCUCAGUAGUACAGGAGCGCACAUGUGCGCGUUUUUGUUGC